AUGCAAGAUAGUAUAGUAGAAGAUUUAUCCCAGUCCGAUGCAUACUUUGAGGAUGGCCAACGAAAAGUUUAUUACAUAUUGGCCAUAACUAGAAUAAGUGCUUUUGAAAAUUACAAAGUCAUAAAUACGUAUAUAAGAAACUUACAAGUCGCUGGAUUGCAGUUUGAACAAUGCUAUGGAAUAACUGAACCUGUGGUUUUCGUUAAAGUUCAUUUACCAGAAGAAAUACUACUUUCUGUCCAAGAAAAAUAUUAUGCAUGGAAAGACACAUUGGUAACAAGCAAAGGCAAAAGGAAACGUCAGUUAAAAUGUGUAAAAUGGUUUAAAACAGCUUUACAUUACAGACAAGUUUUGGUAGGAGACUCCAAUUGUGGUACGGUCGUUUUUACAGAAAAAUAA